AUGGAAAGUGUGCCUUUGACGCUGGCGCAUACCCAUGCCCGGAAUGCUAUGCUCGAGACUCGAAAGUCCAAUCCAGUUGCUGCUAGUGAGGAACAUGAUUUGGCGGCAGGAGAAUUUGCAACCGCGUCUCAACACUGCUUGGACGCCUACGCUCUACGAACAUUGAAAUUGCUGGAAGAGGAACAUAAAAGACUUGCUAUUCUUCUACGAUCUCAACACGAAAAUCCCGCCAGUGUCUCAUCACCAGAUCCAUCCAUCGCAACUCCUUCACAGUCGCGUACCAAGGAGUCUCAGGCUGAUGUUUCUACUCCGUCCAAGACCAACCCAAUUAGUACUUCAAUUUCCGCAGCGACAAAUGAAUUGCUACAGCAUCCGCCGAGGCUUCCAGGGCAUCAUCGCCAACUACAAAGAGACACAUCGUCCAUCGCCAGCAACCUGGCCUCUGCCCGUGGUAUACCAUCGUAUCCUCGACGAGCUGCUCCCGCUUCGCCGACACUUUCUGCUCAACCUGCAGGAGGUCAGUUGUCAGAUUCACCAUCUCGAGCCAAGACAAGCGAAGGAAGGCUUCGCGAACGAGCAGGCAAAUUUCCAAGCGCACCUCGUCAACCAUGGACUUCUCCAUCCAUCAGCCCGACAGAAAUCACAUUACGCCAGAUUGUUCCUGCCGAUGCGCACGAACCGCAGCAGAACCGAGGGCAUUUUCCCACGACAGACGAAACGUUUCAAAAGUUCUACUCCAGAUUUGAGGGUUUGAUUUCGAAGCUGUCUGCACCAUUAGCAUUCGCGGGGUUGCCUUUGGGCACAGAUAAUUCUGAUCCCGCUAAACAAAAGUCUCCUGCAGACACCAAAAUUGACCGCCAAAAUGCAGUCUCACAGCGUCGGACGGAGUCUGCUGAGCCGGAUAUCAACAGUAUAUUCUCACGUGCUGCUUUGCGGGCUGUACGUGAGGCAAACGGGGGGAUGCCUAGUAGUGGUGCAGAGUCUUUUUAUGUGGUGCCUACAACAGGCGGUACUGUUUCUUAUGCUGGCAUUCUAUCUCGUGCAGAAAAAGAGACUCGGCGAGGCAGUGUGGAUGAUGGAGACGAGGACUUUGUGGAUGCGAGAGAAACGCCACCCUCACCGGAGAUGCGACAGAGCUUAUCCGGAAGCCGGACGAGAUUGACGCGUGCCGGCACAGAGAAGAGUACAAAAACCAUGGAAGAGCUGCGUAUGGAAAACGAAGCCCUGAAGCAAUUAUCCGAUCAACUUUCCAAGCGCCUUCACAUGUGGGAGGUGAACGCGCAAUCAUCAUCCAUGGCUCUCCAGCAGUCAUUGAAAGCAAUGCACCACCAACAGAACACUUCAUCCCCCACAGCAUCGUCAGCAAUGCCACACCCUUCGGAUGACGCGGUAGAUAACCACGAACAGCGAAUCAGAGAACUUGAAGCGAUUAUUCAACGCUCCGAGAAAGAACGCGAUAAAGUCGUUCGUGAGAAUGAAAAGCUCAAAUCUGUUCUGGGAAGGUACCGCGACAGAUGGGAGAAACUCAAAGAAGGGGCGAAAACGAGAAGAAAUGCCGCCGAGUCUUCGUCUGCGGCUGCCGGGGAGAGUCCUGUUACGACACCGACGUUACAACAGGGGGAAGACCGUGAGCCAUCGGGACUCCCAGACGAACAGAAUCGGUCGAGUGGGAAUGAUGAGGAUGCUGCAUGAUCGAGCAAUUAUAGCUCCUUUUAUUCUAUCUUUACGUAUUUAUACUUAUCUUACGGCUAUUACGCAUUACGACUGAUGUAUUGACUUAUAUGCCAAUUCCUUCCUAAAUGUCGAGGUUGGACAAAAGUGCUUUAUGAUUUCGCUCUGUACCGCACAAUGAUCCAGAUUGGGUUUGCAUUACAAUGGAAUCUUUACCCAAAGGUCUACCUGAACACAAAACCUAAAACAAAUCUUGCAAUAAGACGGGAAAACGAAGAGGCGGAAUAGCCAAAUUGUAUUCAUGGGUAUCAUUGAGAGCAGAUACAUGUGAUUCAUGCCUGGUCUCUUCUAUGGUGAAGAAAACGGACCAACCUUUCAAGGUUGGGACAACAAAAUCAACAAGCUCAUGGCAAUAACACAAAUCAUUACAAAUGUAUAAAAAAUCUUCCCACAUAACUCCAAACAAACAAAAAAUUUGAAAAAAAAAAGUCAAACAUCAGGAUACGGCGGCGUACGCGUAAUAUCCAUCGACUUUCGAUUAUAAUCCAUCGAUUUUCGUGUCAAGUCCAUUGACUUUCGGGCAAUAUCCAUCGAUUUCCGGGAUUGUUCAACAGUCUCCUUCAUCUUUCGUUUCUCGACUUUCUUCAUCGCUUCACCUGUCAGACCCUGUCGGGCUAGACGUUCAACAACAUCCUUUUUACGCGUGAUUCUAUCGCCAAUGGAAAUUAAUAUACCACCCGUGAUGUUGCAUGUGAUAGAACAGCAGAGGAUGACGGUCGUUAAUGCAAAGGGGCGCACGUGGUAGCUUAUACUCCAUGUACAAGCACCCAAAGCAAUUUGGAAGAUGGAGUGGAAAUCUAGAAUGACCACGAUGGCGACCAGUAGUCGCAAGGGAAAAGCGUGAUGGGUGGCAGUUUCGUGAGGUUUGUAGAAGGUAUGUGAUUUAGCGAAUUUGCGUUGAUGGUGUUCGAGGCGUUUUUGUUGUUUCGGGGUAAGGAGUGUGUAUUCUAGGUAUUCUUUUUUCUCUUCUGAUGAUGUGGUUGUGGUGACGCCGCCGUCUUGUUCGAGGUCGAUCAUGUCUUCGGGUCGACGGGAAGGGAGGUCGUUUUUGUCGGCGAGUUUCGGGAGAGUACGCUUUUUGCGAAGACUCCAGGUUAGAUGGUGGUAAUGUGCGAUGAAGAUCAUGUGGUAUGUAUCCACGGCUCUAAAUGGUGCCAGACCAUCGCCCAUAAUGGCAAAGAGAGCCACGAGCACGUUGUCAAUGACGUUGA